AUGAACGUUUCUUACCCUUCCACUUCUGAUAGCAUAAACAUCUGGCACACUUGGGCCCUGACUGUCACUUAUGAAGCAGGGGAAUAUACCGAACAGAAAUUCAAGUCAGAGAAGACUGGAGGAGACCCAGUCAUACCUUCUCCUAACCUAGACACUGAUCUGGUGAUGGUGUGCGAUUGCUUGGCUGAUGUACUCAUAAAGGCAUAUAAAAAUCCCAUUCAGAUGCAGAUGGAUAUUGCAAGAUAUAGCAAAUUGAUCUCCCUGAAGGACACCGGGCAUAAUGAACAGAGAGAGGCGAAGUUGCUUGAGAGGUGUCCUCCUGGCCAUGAAGGCAAAAAGUUGGUUGACGAACCUGCCACAAUUUUUGAUGCAUCCGGUGCCAUCAUCGCAUGCUACCUCCCAGACGCCCUGACCAACACCACCCAGAAGGAAAUCAGGGAGGCCACCGAUUUGCUCGCUCCAAGCCUCGAAAAAGUCACAACUCCUGGAUGCAUCAAUUUAUCUCCGGCAUGGUUUCAACAGGGACACGAGAAUGGGUCCAAUCCGGAGGUAUCUGCAUCAUUGAAGGGACCUUCCUGCGAGAAUAUCCUCAAAGCCAUUACAAGGCCAGCAGCCAUCGCGUCCGCAGCAUGA